CUCAGCACGUGGGAGGCUGAGGCAGGAGGAUUGCUAUCAGUUCAAGGCCAGCCUGGGCUACAUAGUGAGAACCUGUCUCAGAAGAAAGAGAAGAAGAAAAAAGAAGUAGUACAAGUUUACAGUGACUAGAUGGGGGUGGGUUGCUGAGUGACCCAUUGGUGAGGUAUGACAGGGGUCUGGUGAGCCAUUUUACAGAGUUUGUAUUUUACAAGGCCAGUGAGAAGGCUUUGAAGGGUUUUGGGAGUUAACACUAGGAGGUUGGUGAGGAUGGAGAAGAGUGGGGUGGACAAGGCUGGGACAGUAGCUGCAGAGGUGGAGGAAAGGGACUGAACACCAAGAGCUGUUUAGAGGGAGAAGAUAACAGCCUGGUGACCCUGGAAGAGGAACAGGUUAAGAGAAAACCUGGUUUCUGCCUUUGCCAGUAGGACAGAGGCCUGGGGAAUGAUGAUCCUACAGGGCAUCCAGGGAGGGGGAGUGAGGGACAUUGUACAGUUCUGAGUUCAAGAGAAAGGUCAGGCUAUAAAGAUUCAUGAAUAUCGGAUAGGUGGUAGUGGGUGGAGUGGCCCAGAGGUAGGUCCCAAAAGACACCCAGUAGAAAAGGAGCUGCCCAAAGAAGAGGAGGAAAACCAGGAGAUUGGAAGCCAGGGGAUACCCACACUGACGUAAUUGAGGCUCCCUAUCAGUCAAGACUGAGGAGCACCCUUGGGGUUGAGCUAUACCACAGGAGGAAGUAGGAAGCAAGAUUUGGAGAAAGCCAGACUUACUGAUCUGUGAAUGGGGAAGAGUAAGGCUUGGGAUGAAUAGUUUGCUUGGCUUUUUAAGGGAAAAGGAGUAGAGACACCCCCUGGAAAGAGGAUGGUGCUGGGUAGCACCACUACUUUUAGUGGCCUGUUCUCAGACUAUGGAAUGGGGGUGUCUACCAAAUGGGCCAGGACCCAGAGACCUUGAGUUCAGGAAGAAAGAUCUGUGAGCUGGCAGCACAGCUACACAGGGACUGGGCUCUCCCUCUCCAGAGUGCCUCUCUGCCCACUUGGGUCACAGCUCAAACCUUUGUGUGCAGGCUUCCAGGAAGCCUCCUCAAGUCCAGGUUGGGCUGGACUUCGGUGGCACAGGCAUGCUCCUUUCUGCCUGUAGGAGGCUAUGCUGGGGAUCAGGGGACUCAAAAGAGGAUCUAGGCCCCCAGUUCUGUAACGCAGUGGACAGAUGAAAGGCAAGGAAGUAGAGAGGGAACACUCCUGGAUUGCAGAAGACCUCAGGGUGGUACAGUACUUUCUGGCAAUCAUUUAAUUCCCUGAGAAUCAGUUUUCCCAUCUGGGCACAAGCAAUGAGAGCUGCUGGUGGAGCUGUUUUAAGAAUUGGAUGAGUUUGUUUGUAUGGUGAGCCAGGAGUAAGAGGCAGCCAUGGCCUCUGCCUGGCGGAACCAGGGCUGCUGAGGAGGAGCUCUGAAGAAUGAGCCGGGAUAGUGGCCAGGUCGACGCUUAGGACCCUCUCCAGGAAUUUGGGAUCAGACAGCUCGCAGGCUCCUGGCAACCCAGGUCCCGCCCCAACUCCGCGGAGAGAGCAGCGCGAGGUAUCCGCAGACAGGAUACUUCCCAAGCCUCAGAAAGCUGGAUUUGUGGAGUCAGCACCACGACCAGACCCUCCCCACCCACAGUCAUCUGGUGAAGUAUCUUCUCAGGAAUUAAUUAGUCCUUACUUGGAAUUGGUGCUCCCGGCGCCGGGGCGGAGCUGAGCUCCAGAGGUCCAGGCCAGCAAGGCUGGAGGGUCACGUGGCAUGGCCCGGGCCCCCUUCCUGCCAACGCUGCAUUUGGCUCAGGCCCCGUCCAUGGCUGCCCUUGGGACCCUGCGCUGAGCCCCAGAGGUCCCGGCGUUCGGGGGCUCCGCUCCUGAGGGCCUUGCGUGAGUGUCGGGAUCGCAGAGACCCAGGCCAAGAGCGGCACGGGUAAAGAUACAACGAAUCGAUUCAGCCUCAGUGCGGGGAGGCGGGGAGGAGUAGGACCGAGGUUCCGCGACUCCCUGCUGGGCCUCGGGACCUGGUCCUGGGCCAAGUGGGAGUUGGGUACAAAAGGGGAGCUUCUUAUCCCCUUAGCUUGCUCAUCCCCCAGCAGAGCGCAGGGCCAAGAGGGGGAUGACCGUCCAGUAGCUGGAAGCCCCCAAGGUGUGCCCUCCCACCCCCUCCUCUCCGCGAGGGCAGGGCUGGAAGCCCCUGCCCACUGCCUGCUACUCUACCACCUCGGAGGCCCUGCCCGUGACCCUUCGAAAGAGGGCCGGCGCUGGCCAGAAGGACAUGAGGAGGAGGCUGCAUCUACGCGGAGACGCGUCGCUCACGCUGUUUCUCGGCGCAGCCCUUGCCCUUCUACUCUACGCCCAGCGCGAUGGCCCGGCCCCAACCUCGAGCGUGCCACGAGAGCGAGGGCGGGUGGCACGGAGGCCAACGCUGGGGCCUCGCGCCUUCCAGGUACCAGACGCCGGCCCAGCCCCUCCGGCCUAUGAAGAGGACACGCACCCACCCCCCACGCCCACGGGCCCUUUUGACUUCCGCCGCUACUUGCGCGCCAAGGACCAGCGGCGCUUCCCACUGCUCAUUAACCAGCCGCACAAGUGCCGCGGUGACGGCGCACCUGGAGGCCAACCAGACCUGCUCAUCGCUGUCAAGUCUGUGGCGGCUGACUUUGAGCGGCGCCAAGCAGUGCGCCAGACCUGGGGCUCUGAGGGUCGCGUGCAGGGGGCGCUCGUGCGCCGCGUGUUCUUGCUGGGCGUGCCCAAGGACCCAGGCACCAAAGGCGACGCAGAGCGGGAGGGCGUGCAGACGCACUGGCGCGCCCUGUUGCAGGCUGAGAGCCGUGCCUACGCGGACAUUCUGCUCUGGGCCUUCGACGACACUUUUUUCAACCUAACACUCAAGGAGAUUCACUUUCUGGCGUGGGCCUCAGCCUAUUGCCCUGACGUGCACUUCGUUUUUAAGGGCGAUGCUGAUGUGUUUGUGAAUGUGGGGAACCUGCUGGAGUUCCUGGCCCCACGGGAUCCAGCGCAGGACUUGCUUGCAGGUGAUGUGAUUGUGCAGGCGCGGCCAAUCCGCGCACGAGGUAGCAAGUACUACAUCCCCGAGGCUGUGUAUGGCCUGCCUGUUUAUCCAGCCUACGCAGGCGGCGGUGGGUUUGUUCUUUCGGGAGCUACGCUGCGCCGUCUGUCCAGUGCCUGCAAGCAGGUUGAGCUCUUUCCCAUCGACGAUGUCUUUCUGGGCAUGUGUCUGCAGCGCCUUCAACUCACACCUGAGCCUCACCCAGCAUUCCGCACCUUUGGCAUCUCCCAGCCUUCAGCCGCACCUCAUCUGCACACCUUCGACCCUUGCUUCUACCGUGAAUUGGUUGUAGUUCACGGGCUUUCGGCUGCUGACAUCUGGCUUAUGUGGCGCCUGCUGCAUGGGCCGUAUGGGCCGGUCUGCGCACAUCCGCAGCCUGUUGCGGCAGGACCCUUCCAGUGGAACCCUUAACUACUCAUCAGUGGCUGACUUCUCUCACUCAGCCCCAGAAUGGAACUUUUUAAAGGGGUUUCCCAUGCAGAUUACUAUUAUGUGGUCUUUGCCCAGACUACUGGGUAUCUGCCUCAGGGUCCUAAAGAAUACCGACCUUGGCUCCUGGUGGCCCACACUGUCAGAAGCAAAUCUAGAACCAAUGUCAUGAUGACCCGCUGAGAGAGCCAGAGCCAGGGUGGUAAAAGACCAUGUCUUGCCCACCAGGCCUUAGACCAGUAGAUAGUUUUCCUAGUAGCAAAUAGGUGUGUAUUCUGGUGGUGCUUGGUUUGGGACCCCUAGAAUGAUGUAGACACAUGGAGGGCGGCUCAUCCCCUAUAAGGCCAGGCUUCACAGCACAACAUGGACUUGGUAGGUAUGUCACAACCCAGUCCCUCGCGGUUGCAAGGCAGGUGGCAGCACCACUGAGCUAAAUCCCCAGCCCAUCUUGUCCCUGUCUACAUCCUUCUCUGAGGUCUUUCCUUGAGCCAACCCUUCCAGGUCUCAGGUCUGACUGGAGGACCAGGGACAGAGUCACAGAAACAACUGUGUCAUGGUCUUCUUCAUCCCCCUACACCCAUGCUGUUAUGUCGAUGUCCUUCUAAGACACCCCCCCCCCCCAGCUAGGGACCCCUUAAGACUCCUCCACUAUAAAUUUUUCCCACAUUUUUCAACUAUCCCCUUCAAAAAAUCAACACCUCCACACUUAUUUUAGUACGAACAUCCCAGCAACAACCCAUGGCAGGCUGCUGCUGAGGGCUUAGGUGCUUUAUUGGAGAGAGAAUGUGGGCAAGGAAGGUUCCCUCAUUCCAAGAGGAUGGAACAGUCCUGGCUACCCCGACAAUGAGAUGUGCAGGGUCUCUGGCCAGACUGCGGUCAAAAUGGGAAGACACUCAGUCACAAAGUCAUGGGAGUGCCACACAAGUCUAGCUGUAGGCGCAGGAACCAUACAGGCAAGCACUUGGGGCAGGUCCCUUGCACAUUCAUCAUGAACUAUACAGUAUGAGGCUGUACAUGAGUUAAUUACAAAAGUCAUAUUUACAAAAAUCUGUACACACAUUUGAAAAACUCACAAAAUUGUCAUCUAUGUAUCACAAGUUGCUAGACCAAAAUAUUAAAAAUGGGAUAAAAGUA